CGGUACCUUGUGUGCAGUUUGCGUUAGUGGGUGGUGUCGGGUGUAUGUCUGGUGCGACCUCGAUGGUGUGGUUGUCCGGGAUGUAACUAGGAGGAUGUGCCGAGGCAUUAUUGAUGCAAAUUAGAUUAUGAGAGUGAUAUCGCUAUCAAUAAGAAUCACUUGGGAGUAGUGUCGUCCGGGACCUUAGGUGAAGUAGUGGAAGAUCUUCAAAUCGCAGUUGGUCAGAAGGUGAAAUCCAAUAAGUGUAUGAUGGCAGAACAGCUUCAGAAAGCACCAAAGAAAGGAAUCUUAAAGAAUUCUACCAGCUUUGACAAAAAUGAAAGGAAGUCGUCACUCAAGGAGACCAAGUGGGACGAGAUGAACAUCAUCGCCACCUUCCACCCGGCCGACAAGGACUAUGGCCACAUGAAGAUCGAGGAGCCCAAGACGCCGUUCAACUACGUCUGUGCCCAGGAGGACGCGUUGGACGGCGGCGUUGACUCGGACGUGCUCGCGCAGAAGAUACGACUGGGCGCUGACCAGCUACCCAAGGCCAUGGAGCAGGUGGAGGAGGAGAGUGACGAAGAUCUGGAGUCGCUCACGGAAGAGGAGAGAGAAACACGACGGAAGUUCGAGGCCAAGCGUAAGUCGCACUACAACGAGUUCUACGCGGUGAAGUUGGCGCGUCAGCUGAUGGAGAAGGACGAGGAGGAGGAGGAGGAGGCGGCGGAAGAGGAGGGCGGCGCCGGACCCUCGUCCGCCCCGGACGAGCCCUCGUCGACGUCCGACGAGCCGGCGGCGCCGUCCAGCUCGUAGGCGCCGUCUGCCGGUCGGGCCGGGACGCCACGCCCCACAUUGUGUACCACUUGUUUUGCAAAAGCGCGCGCGCUUUGAUGAUCCAGUCCUUUGUGAUACGGUUUAGCGUACUACGGCGAGGCUGCUGGGUGGCUGUGUGGGGCUGUCGGCCCCGGCCGGCCGGUCAGUCAGUCUAGUCCCAUCAGCGGCCGGGUCCACAGCCGAGUAAGUCCUAUCCCGCUGUCGGGCCGGCGGGCCGGCGGCGUCCCGCGGGAAGCCCGGGACUGGCGAGAUAGUCUGGUCUCGCUGUCAGUCGGACUGACCUGUGCGUCGGCGGGUGACGGCGUGACGCCGGCUGGCCGGCGUGUCGGUGAAGCCAGGCGGCGGGCCCGACUAACCAGGGGACCAGCCCGAGCCCGAGCGUUCCCCGCCGGCCGACCGGCCAGCGCUGGCGUGCGAUCUCGUGGCUGGUUGGAGCUGCCCGGCCGCUGGCGGAGCGGGACGGGUCGCUUGUGGCCGUUUCAGACCGGCGCCGCCGCGUGUGACCUGCCGCCCCGGCGCGGCCGGGCCGGAGACCGGGCCGCUCUGCCGGCACACAGCGGCGCACGCGCGCGCGCGCUGACGACUGUUUGUACCGCUCGUGGAUGCAGAUAAAUGUGUGAUGAGACCUCGGCGCCCGCGGCCUUGUCAGCGUGCGACGAAUCUGCUGAUGUGAACGGCGCUUGGAGCCCGCCCGCUCUCCUGCCUUCCCGUCUUAGGACUCUGUUGCAUAUAUCCCACGCGGUAUAACGGCAGCGUCCGACUCUGACGCCGUGUCGCCUUCUCUUGAUCAUUUCCUGUCCCCCGCUCACUCAGGCUGCAUCACAGGCUGGAAAGUGCAAAUUUGGUGGUCUUAUAGCAUAUUAAAGAAUCUUGCUCGACCAGGGUCAACGCGGCUGCUUUGGUGAUUGCCACCCGCGAUGAUGUGCGACUGUGUACAGAUAUGGACGGUUCGGAGUGUAAUGGCUAGAACUGUCGCUGUCAGCACUGGUACUGGCUCAUAAUUAGUGCGUGCCGUCGCCAUGCUGGCUUGCGGGAGGCGAUGACGCGGGCCGCCUCGGACUCCGAGAGCUGGCGCGCCUGCUACUGCUGGCUCGAUUCCCUCGAUUCGGUUCGGUUGUCGUUGCAAUAAAUGUUCGAAUG